UACCACUCAAUUCCGAAGUUUUCUCUGAAUCUGAUUUUGAUAAACCAAACCCUUUUCUCAAUGCCCAAAAACUAGAAACUAAGACAAGUUUGAUCGCCCACUAUGCCUUCCUUCAAUAUCUUCACACCCCUUCUCCUUCUUUGCUUGCUUAGCCUCGCCACUAAAUUUAGCUUCCAACCUCUUUCCUCUUACUGCCCAAAUUCAACCACUUACACUCCUAAGAGCACCUAUCACACCAAUCUCAAUCUCCUCGUCUCCUACCUCUCCUCCAACGCUAUCACGGCCAAAAACGGAUUCUAUAACACCACCGCCGGUCGCAGCCCAAACAUAGCUUACGGCCUCUUUCUAUGCCGUGGCGAUGUUAUCAACGAUGAGUGUCAGGAUUGUGUCACGACAGCAAGUAGAGAGAUACUAGAGAUUUGUCCAAAUAGGACAGUGGCAACGGUUUGGUACGACAAAUGCUUGUUACGAUACUCAAAUAAAAACAUCUUCUCCAGUAUGGACACGUCGAUUUGGAUAAUUAUGUACAACCCACAGAAUGUGACCGAGCCCGAGCGGUUUAGGCCGCUAUUGGCGAGCACAAUGGAUGAGUUAGCCACUCGGGCUGCAAGUGACGGUUCAGGUAAGAAGUUUGCUACUAAAGAAGCCACCUUCACAGUGUUUCAGAAGCUGUAUGGACUUGUGCAGUGCACACCGGACCUGUCUAAAAAUGAUUGCAACACCUGCUUUCGAGAUGCUAUAGCACGUCUUCCAAGUUGCUGCGACAUAAAGCUGGGGGCGAGAAUUCUGUUUCCAAGCUGCAAUAUUCGCAACGAGUUUUACCCUUUCUACACAAUAGCUACGCCGGAUUCUAAUGAUAAAGGAAAUGGGGGAAUCUCAACGACAGUAAUUCUUGCCAUUGUUGUCGUAGUAGUUGUGGCAUUGCUGCUCUUUUCCAUUGUUUUAUGGUGCAAUGUUACGAAAGCAAGGAAAAAAUACAUUGCUUACAGUGCUAUUAAAGAAGAUGUUGGUGAUGAUAUCACAUAUGAUUUUGAAACAAUUGCAGCAGCCACAAAUAACUUCUCUCAUGACAAUAAAAUUGGUCAAGGCGGAUUUGGUGCAGUCUAUAAAGGUACACUUCCUAAUGGACAAGAGAUAGCUGUGAAGAGACUAUCCAAAAGCUCUGGACAAGGUGCGGAAGAAUUUAAAAAUGAGGUUAUGAUGGUAGCUAAGCUUCAACAUAGAAAUUUAGUGAGAGUAUUGGGAUUUUGCUUGGAAGGAGAAGAAAAGAUACUCAUAUAUGAAUUCUUCCCCAACAAAAGCCUGGACUAUUUCUUAUUUGAUCCCACAAAACAAAUUCAAUUGGAUUGGUCGAGACGUUACAAGAUUAUAAGAGGCAUAGCACGAGGAAUCUUUUAUCUUCAUGAAGAUUCUCAACUUAGAAUUAUACAUCGUGAUCUCAAGGCUAGCAACAUACUUUUAGAUGAAGAUAUGAGUGCAAAAAUUUCAGAUUUUGGCAUGGCAAAAAUUUUCGGCGUGGAUCAAACUCGAGGAAAUACGAGUAGAAUUGUUGGGACAUUUGGUUACAUGUCUCCAGAGUAUGCGAUACACGGACAAUUCUCUGUAAAGACUGACGUGUUCAGUUUUGGAGUACUAAUUUUAGAGAUCAUAACCGGCAAGAAAAAUAGUGAUUUCUAUGAAUCAGAUGGUGCCGGAGACCUUCUGAGCUAUGCUUGGAAAUAUUGGAGGGAUGGAACACUCAUGGAAUUGAUGGAUCCAACUCUAGCAGAUUCUCAUUCAAGAAUAGAAGUCAUUAGAUGCAUCCAUAUUGGCUUAUUGUGUGUUCAAGAAGAUUUUGAUGCCAGGCCCUCUAUGGUAUCUGUGGAUCUUAUGCUCAACAGUUAUUCUGUUACCCUACAAGUACCUCAACAUCCUCCAUUCUUUGCCCAUAGCAGAACCGAGUUGAACGCUACAAGCGAGUCAAUCCAAUGAUAUUUGAAUGAAGCAUCAAUUACUGAACUACACCCUAGAAAAUGCUCGGUUCAAAGCCAGGACAAUCUAAAAAACUUGUGUAUGCUAUAAAGUGUGAAAUGAAUACUGGCAAGCUCACAGGAUAUGAAUGUGUAUCAUCAGAGGUUGAUCGAGAGAGUAGCAUUUGUUCAGACCUAUUGCUAUGUUUUAAUUUUUCUGCAUGUUACAUUAUUUGUCAAACAAAAUCCCAUGUUACACAUUCAAUGAAAUGGUCGGUCCACGAUACAA